AUGGGCCACCCCAGCACCCCGGCCCCUCCGCACCAUCCGCCGGCCACCUCGGCACCCCACGCCCAUGCCCACAACGGCAUCGAUCACUCGGCGCCCCACGCCCACGACCACGACCACGGCCACGGCGGCGCACACUCGAUGCCCAUGACCUUCUACUUCGGCUACGAGAACGUGGAGCUGCUGUUUUCGGGGCUGCUGAUCAACUCGGCUGCGGCCAUGGCCGUGGCUUUCGUGGUCGUGUUUCUGCUGGCCCUGACCCACGAGGCACUCAAGAAAGCUCGCGAGGGGCUCCGCGCCCAGUGCUCGGCUUUCUCCAGACCAGACGGAACCUGCCCCAAGGAGACGCCCCGGCAGCAGCUGCUGAGCGCCGCUCACCUCCUGCAGACGGCCCUGCACGUGCUCCAGGUGGUCCUGAGCUACCUGCUGAUGCUGACCGCCAUGACCUACAACGCCUACCUCGGCCUGGCGGUGGUGGCAGGGGCCGGCGCCGGCUACUGGCUCUUCGGCUGGAAGAAGGCGGAGGAUUCCCGGAGCCUUGAGAUGAACAUGGAGAGGCUCCAACAGGAGGGCCGGGGAAGCUGCUUCACCCUGGACGAGAGGGUCCCUUCCACGACGCCCGUGUUCCUCUCCCACAAGGCCCUCCAGUAG